UCGGCCGGGGUGCAGCGCUACGAUUACGAUUAGUCGGCGUGCGGGCAAGACUAGCCUAGGGUGCGCUUCUUCACCACGCAGCGACAACGGCGAGUGUUUUCCAGACCAGUGCAGCGGCACGUUGCAACCGUACAAGAAGCCGGAGACCUCCGGAGCUGUCGAGAGCGAUCGUCGCAUGAUCGUCGACCGGUGUGUGUGUGUUUGUGUCUGUGUGGCUACUGGAUUCCGUACCACGGUCGCUCCUCUUUCGCGAGUGCUCGCAUUGUGGUGCAUAUGAAUGUGUGGCAACACGGCUAAGCGACCCAGGAUUCGCCUCCUCUCUAGUGUGCGCGUGCGUGAACGAUUCGCUAGCAGCAAAGUGGUGACGGGCGGCAGUGUAAGGGCGCAAAACAGGAUCGACUGUUCCGACGAUACCAGACCCCCGGAGGACUGUUUCCGUUUUUCGGACGAUCCCUAACAUCGCAUCCCGAGAAGCAAAGCGACGGUAUGCGCGGUAGUUUCUUGCAGCUUGACCAGCUCACUGGUAGAAAGGCUCGCAAGAGCCUGGACAAUGGUGAGCCCAAGGUAUCGGAGCUGCUAAACAACAUCUAUGCAGCCCUCGUGAUCGGCCCGCUAGUGGUCGGGUUUUGGCGGGGUACCUGGAAUCUCAUGGAUGAGCUCCUCUUCCCGCACGAUGAACUGUGGCGCAUGGCGGCCUUGAUGCUGUUCGGCAACGGUGGCCAUCUGCUGUUUAUACUGCUACAGGAGAAGAUCACCGGAUGGCUGGACGUGUAUGAGCAUCCGGUUUCGUUUUAUUGCUGGUCGCGGCUCUACACCUACGUCUACGGUUCGAUGUGCGUGGCGACCUGGCGUGGAGGAUGGAUUCUAAUCGACCAUUACGCGCCACCGAACCUACUGUUCUUCAUCGAGGCAUCGAUCGUGGUGCUGCUGGUGCUCGGUUCGGUCAACAGUUUCUGUAACGUGGCCGGUGCCCCGUUCGUCAACGAUUCUCCCUCCGGUUACUUUAGUGUUCCGACCUACUUCAAAGCGAAGGGAUCCGAUGUGCACGACGGACGGAAGCCGAUGUUUGAGGUACGCCGCCAAAGCAGUGCGGCGGCCCUCUCGACCGGUGAGCGCGAACGAUCGCAGCAGCAGCAGCAGCAGACAGAGAACCCGAGCGCCACCCUAGCCAACCGAAGCAUCAACAUGCGAGGCAGCAUAGCCGGGAUCGAGGAUGGUUUCGUUGGCGUUGGCGUUAGCCGGAAGGCGAUCGUGGCUGAUGGUGGUCCCGAUGGACCAAAAGCAUUGCCCGAAGCUCCGACCUACCACGAGCAUUUGCUGCAGCUGAUCGAUUACCUAUACGCCUCGCUGGUCGUGGCGCCGCUAGUAGUGGGCUAUUGGCGAGGUACCUGGAACCUGAUGGCCGAGUACAUCUACCCAUCCGAUCUAACGACCAGCCUGCUAGUAUCGCUUGCCAUCGGCAUCGUGGGCCAUCUGAUAUUUAACCUGUUUCAAGCCAGCUUCCGGCAGAACCUGAACGCCGAUAAGCACCGAAUAGCGUUCUACAUCGGAUCGCGCGUGUACACCUUUCUCUACGCCGUGGUCUGCGUUAAUGGGUGGCGCGGUGGCUGGCAACUAAUCGAUCUGUACACCACGCACGACGUUCUGUACGUCGUGCUCAUAACGCUCGGCUGUCUCUUCCUGCUCGCUUGUCUCAAGGGAGUGCGCAAUGUGAUGAGCGCCCCGUUUGUCAUCGUCAACGACUCCCAGCAGGAGUAUUUCGAUGUACCGACCUACUUCAAGCUAACGGGCUCCAAAGACCCGGGACUCUAUGUGCUGGAUUGUAUGUUCUCCGUACUGGUGAUCGGUUCGCUGGUGGUGUUCGUUUGGCGUGGCCUCUGGGUCCUGCUCGAUCUUAAGCUGUUCCCUGAAGAUCAAGGCACAUCCGCGUGGGCCUCGGUGCUCAUCGGAUACGGUGUGACCGGAGUGACCUUCUCGCUGCAGCCACUGAUGCGAUGGACCUGCGAUCGUUUGACCGGUUUCUGGCGUGUCGUCGUAGCCGAUUGCUUCCUGUUCUUCAGCUUUAUCGGCACGAUCAAUGUGUGGCGAGGUGUCUGGCAAGCACUAGAUACCUUUUUUCUUCCUGAUCAAAAACUGUUGAGCAACUGGAUCACACACGGUGCCUCACUGUUGCUCCUAAUUCUGCUAAACUGUUCCAACUCGGUGCUAGUCCGUGGCGUGUACAUCGAUGCGGAGGAACCAGCCGGCCAGUGCGUCGUUUUUCCGGUGUACUAUAUCCGGUUGUUCUUCCAGAAAGAGCGCAACAAGAAGCAACGGCGCUUGCUCGAUACACUUGAGCGUGCCGAUCUAAACAGUACUGCUGGAGUGUUGCAGGACAAGAAACCCCAGCCCUUGCCCAUCGUCAUACCCCACCAGCAACAGCUACAACAGCAGCAGCAGCAGCAGCAUCAUCAUCACCACCAUCACCAUCCGCAUCAUGCUGCCGAUCAGAACCAUCAAGUGAUUCGUAAUCUAGAAGCCGUGCCAUUGACGAUUAUCGAGGAUCCGAAAAGCAACGGUGAUCAUCCCACCAGUCACCCGCCCACUAGCAACUAGCUACUUUCGCUUCAUUCCCGAGAGUCAAAAGAAAGGGUGGAAGGCUCUAGCUGCCACUGUGUGUCGCAUUCCAAAGCACUGAACCAAACCUCUGGUGAUGGUUGGAUAAAGGUCCCAUUGCACUGUAACUGACACAGCGUACGGGUAGCACCUACAUUCUGGAGGGCAACAGCAUCAUUGCUACUACUUCCUUUGCUGUAUGAUCGUGUGUAGUGGCGCUAUUAGAUUGGGCAUCAAAAAACCCCCCAAAAACAAACCCUAGCAGUAUACCAGAUGAAGCUAAGCGAUAAGCCAUAAUUUCCGUAAGUCGAUCGUGUAGAUGUAGUUUCUUUGAUGUAAGCUAACCACUAGUAGUACACCGGCUAAGUCGUCACCUACCUAAUAAGUGUAGUACUGCUGCUGAGCAUAAGUCACCCUAUGUUACGUGUUAAAAGUCCCGCGAAUCGAGAUGGAUUAAAACCUCCGCUAAUCGGAUGUGCCGGACCAUCCAACUUCUUUUAUUUAUAAAAAACAACCCAAAUGUGUCUUUUAUUUUGUGUCUUUUUUGUAAAUAUACUAUAAAAAUGAGG